AUGACUUCGGCCAUGGCGGACCUUAAUACCAUGCUAGCUGACCUGUUCGCCGACUGGAGUACCCAUUCAACGCUGAUAGCCACACUCAUAGCGGCUUUCGUAGGCUACAAGUUAUUCUUCUCGAAGGAUCCCGAUGCUCACCCUUACUUUCUUGCCCGACAAGCCAUUGAAGCCUCUAUCAGGUUACCAGGAGAGUCCGCUGUUCUCCGCGCCCAUGACGUACCCCACGGCUAUCCGCUAAAGAGCGGACUGAACGUGAAGGACCCCGACAAGCCGAAAUGGACAGCUGGGCGAAAUGGGGAUCUUCGCGAUGUCUGGCGAGCGGCUCUCCGGGGAUCAGUGGCCACUGAUGGGACGCCAGCUGGGAAACAAGGGAAAUUCUACACUGUACUCGGGAAGAAUGUUGUGGAGCAUAGGUUGGAUGAUGUCUCCCAGGAAAUCAAUAUCAUCGGCCAGUACAUUUACGAAUCAAAGGCGCAGACUGUGGCUUUAUAUCUCCCUGACUCGGUGGAAUCUAUUGCUGUUAUUUUCGCGGGAGCAUUUUAUGGCUUCAAAGCCGUUUUAAUACCCUGUAAGAUACCUUCUGAAAGGCUUGGUGCGUAUCUUGCACUAGCUGGGGCCGACCUGCUCAUUGCGGAAGCUGGCACAUUGGAGCCCUCUGUAUUAUUAAAGGCCGUGCCAUCGCUGAGGGGUGCGAUUUGGGUUGCGAACCACGGAAGCCGGCACAUGGAUUGGAGUCAAGUGCCAGAGGGAAUCGGAGGUGGUAUCGAAGUGGCCGUGUGGCACGAGUUGGUCAAGGACAAGAAAGGCGUGAUAGGCACGGACGUACCAGCUACUAUCUCGUCCACACCACCACCUUCCAUUGUAGCUCUCUGGGCUUCUUCAGAAGACUCCGCCAGCUUUGUCGAGUAUUCACCUGCUGUUUUGGUAGCUGGUAUUGCGGGGGUGGGCGCCGCACUUCCUAGGGGUCUGCACCUGACUGCAACUGACCUGGUGCUGUCCAUCGACUCGCUAUGUCGCUCGUUUCCGCUUUGCAUAAUCCUCGCCGCUCUGUACGGAAACGCCUCCGUCGCGUUCAACUCCGUGUCUGGCGAACAUGUCGAUUUCGCGCUUGCAACCGCCGGUAUCUCCCCAACCGUAAUCGUAGCCUCUUCAGAAACAAUGCAUAACUACCAUACGAAAUCCAUGUCUCCACAGAUAGGCACGGUUGCCAAGAUUUGCCGAUUCCUGCAGUGCCAAUCUCUCGAUGCCGGCACCAUGCCCACUCAGAACAUGCUCACUAGGCUCGCCAGCUUAGGGCCCAUUGCAGAAUUGUCUCUUGAAAAUAUCCGCCUGCUUUAUAUCUCUCAUCGCAUUGACGCAAACCCGGAAUACCAAAUUACCUCUGACCAGUUGACAGACUUAAGGGUAUUCACUGGCGCACGAGUUCUAUAUGCGUUGACUGCGCCUUCGGUUGCUGGUGCUAUUUGCCAGACUAAUUCGUUUGACUAUAGGAGAAUUCCUGGUCGUAGCCAUUUUGGACCCCCUUUGAGUAAUCUGGAAAUAAAAUUAAUCUACGAAAAGGAGGAGAAUGCUAGUGAUACUGGGGAUUCCUCUGAAGGAAAAAUAUGUGUGGCUGGUCCAGCUGUCGUCGGAGGGAAGUGUACAUUGGAUGCCCGAGGAUACUUCUGCGACGAUUAUACACUCUCUCUGUGUUGA